UUAUUAUUAUUAUUAUUAUUUUGCAAAUCAUCCUUCAUGGAAAUACGACCGUCUUUCCCCUCCCUCGCCCCCCCUCCAAUCUUGGAACGUAGCCGAGAAGAAUGGAAAGGUACAGUAGAGUUGGAAUCUUUACAAAGUUACAUCUUAUAUGAGAAUCAGUUCCUGAAAAAAAAAUCAAUUCAAAUCCUGCUGAUUUGAAUAUAUAAAGAAUCCCUGGAUAUAUAAAAAUUGCUGAUAAUGGAGACUUACUUUCACUUCCUUCAAAAAACGUAUAAUGAUAUAAUUGCUGGUGCUUUGUUAUCCCAAGAUAGUUACAAUUGUGCAGCUCUUCUAAAUCCUUUGGCUUUUUCAUCAGCAAAAAAUUGUGAGUUAUGUGCCUGUCAUUUUUUCCGUAAGUUGGAUGCUCAGAUCUCUUCCAGUUUAGACCCAAUAAACAACGAACAUGAUAUUUCUAAAAACUUUAGCCAUCUGAAGUGCCAUGCCCGGGAAAUUAUUCUGCUUCAGUUAACUUUGAUCGAUAUGAUGCUUGCCAAACUGCAUCUGCAAGAGGUGGCUACUGAAAUAAAACAGAAAUAUGUUGAGAUCCUGAGAAUCCUGCAAGAAUCAAACAUUGUCUCUGAAUUAAUUCAUCUGUUACGUAGUUCAGAUAAACAGCUCUCUCACAUGGCUUCUAAAAGUUUGGCUUCCCUUGUGCAUUUUCAGCUAAGAGAAGAGAAUUCAUUAAAUAGUGCCUGGCUUGCUUUUUGUUUAGAGACUUUAUCAGGAUUUCCCAGUAAUAGUUGGAUAGCGGAAUGCCUCUGGACUUUGACCAAUAUAAUAAAAGAAAUUUUGAAUGAUGACAACACUUGCAAAGAAGGUGACCUGAAGAAACUUCUUACUCCCCUUGACAACAUGCUGGAAAACUUUUACAGUUCCAUCCUUUCUUAUUAUUCAUCUGCUCACAAUGUUCCACUAUCUGCAACAUCAACAAAUGACAUGAAUAGCUUUCUAGAUCUCUUUGAGUUGCUUGUAGCUUCCAGGAUCCAAGUGCCACUCAACCUUGGAUGCCAGAGGGUAUUGUUUUUGAACUCUUACGAUAUCGGCUGCCUUGCCACGUCACCUGUUCCUGGUUUCAUCAAGAAGAAAUCGAUCGCGUUGCUUAAGAACUGCAUUCUUCACAAAGCUGGCGAAGACCUAAUCAAGACAAAGGCGCUUCCUUCCUCACCCCGGGACCCUCAUUUUGACAACGAUCGAUUAGCAUUGGCUGACACCGUGCUACACUUUGUGAAUUCUGAUUGGCUGGGCAGGUUGUGUGUUAGUGGAAACACCCGCCAUUUUGAUGGUAGCACAAUUGAACCUCAAGCACAGGCGAAGGGUAACUUCGACGUAGUGAUCUUCAGAUCCUUAAGCUUGCUUCUGCUUAAAGCGUUAGAGACGAAGAUCCAGGAUUUUGCCUACAAAACUGAAUCACAAGUUCAUUUGGAGAGUGUUAUGGGUCUACUCUUGACAGUCUUAAAAAGCCACCUGAAGCCGCCUGCCAGUAUCUGCUUACUUGAACACCCUUGCAUGUGGAUUUCUCUGUUUAUAGAACAAGAUGAUGAGAUGGUGGAAGCUGUAAAGUCAUUACUGGCAAUUUAUUUAAACUCGAAAAGGUUCCGCCACGACGUUAAUUUCACCCUCUGCCAUUCAGAUGAAAGAACCCAGGACAAUCGGACACAUCAGAACGGUUAUAAUCCCCACUGCCUCUUCUUAUGUCUGUUAGGGAGCAUCGCGUUUGAUGCCACGGUUCUCCUGGAUUUCUUGAUUUCAUCGGAAACCUGCUUCUUGGAAUACUUUGUGCAAUAUUUGAAGCUUCUCGUAGAAGACUGGCACCACUUCGUCCAAGUUUCCCAAUGCUUUAAGUUCACCGUUGGCAAAGAUCUCAGAAUUUGGGGGGAGAACUUGUCCUGCCAUCAGGAAAAGGUCCCCAACUCAGAUCUGACUGGGCAGAUCACUGCAUAUGAUACACGGCCUUGUACGGAGGCCCUUUUGCCUUCCUCCCUGAAUUUGUCUACCCUCCGUCCGGGAGACAGUCAUGCCAUGCAACCCAACCAUUUUGAUUUUGUAACCGCAUCUAGUGACCCACAUUUAUCGGGGGCUUUUCAGAAGCUGGUUGAUUAUGACAGCUCAGAAGAUUCCGAUGUAGAAUGCGUAAGAGAAGAACGUUUGACAGACCCAGAACAAGAAGCUUUAAACUAUCGGGCCUGUCCAAAUAAAGCAGUUCUUGAUGAGAAGGCAAAAACCUCCAAGCAAGAAGGGCUCCUUUUCAUUGAGCAAGAUUUGAAUAUUUCAUCAGAUUCCAGCAGCAAACUAUCUCCCCCGGAAUUUAAAUUAGCAGAUGAAACUUUCCAGAAAGCAACUGCAUGUUUCCAACAAUUGCAGAAGUCGAUUUCUAGGCUACAUGCAAAAGGUCUCUUCCCGUACAAUCCAAACGCACUCUUGAAGCUCUUGAAUCAAGUUCAUAUAAUUAGUGACGAUCACAGAGCUGUUUCAGACUAGUCGGAUUGUAAAGAAAUAUAGUCCUCCAGGUUAAACCCAUAUAUUUAUAAGCAUUGGAAAAGGAUCUUCCAGAAAAUUAAUAAACUCUGAAAUAUGUGGCCCGAAUGCGUUCUUUGGGAUUGAAGUACAUGUUGUUUAUGAAUUGUCUGCUUGGUUAAAAAACACUGUAGCUUCAAAUCCUUUGAUACAUUUAACUCCAAAAGGGUGUCCGUGCUAUGUGUGAAUUUUCCCACAGAGGUUUUUUUUUUUUAAGGCAGCAAAUUCUGAAUUUUAUUUUUGGCACCUUGUUCUGUCUGAGAUAGUUUUGAUACGAAGAAUAUAGGUCCUUGGAAAGAAUUAGUCGCUGUUUUUAAAAAGAGGAUAGCUCUUUUUAAAGAGAACAGAGAAUAGCUCUGUGUUCCCGUACUGAGGAAAGGAAAGUGUGUCACGAUUAAAUAAUUUAAAUUUUUAUGAAUUGGGAAAGCACAGCUAAAGGAGAAAAGAUUCAACUUUUACAGUUUUUUCUUCAAAAAUGGGUCAUAAGAACAUUCAGCCUCUUAUCGACAUAUGCUCUAAUGUUAUAUUGCUUAUGAUAUAAACAGAACAAUUUAAGCCCUGGUGGCGCAGUGGUUAAAAUGCAGUGUUGCAGGCUGACUGCCCACUGCCAGAAGUUCGAUUCUGACCAGCUCAAGGUUGACUCAGCCUUCCAUCCUUCCGAGGUUGGUAAAAUGAGGACCCAGAUUGUUGGGGGCAAUUUGCUGACAUUGUAAACUGCAGAGAGAGAGAGAGAGCUGUAAAGCACUACGAAGCACUAUAUAAAUCUAAGUGCUAUUGCUAUUCAACAGCCUAUUUGUUUGCAGAGAGCGGUAGCUAGAACUGACUUCCUUAAUUAUUCUGUGUGGCCUACAGAACACAGUAAACACGUCAAUAAAGAAAAAUGGAGCCUGA